ACGAUAAUCAAUCUCGCGUAAGUCCUUGUGCCACGUGGCAUUGCAUUCUCGAUUCUCAUACAGACAAAAGAGAGAGAGAGUGUGUCCGAAAGAGUUACUUUACUGUCUGAAACUGAAACGCUCUAAGCAAAAAUCAUCAAUGUCGACGGAACGAGAAGUAGUCUGUGUCACCGGCGCAAGUGGCUGCAUCGGGUCGUGGCUCGUCCAUCUGCUCCUCCUCCGCGGCUACUCCGUCCACGCCACCGUGAAAAACCUCCAGGAUGAGAAAGAGACCAAACAUCUGGAAGCUCUCGAAGGUGCAGCCACGCGCCUCCAUCUAUUCGAGAUGGAUCUACUGAAGUACGACACUGUUUCCGCCGCCGUCAACGGAUGUGCCGGCGUUUUCCACCUCGCAUCUCCCUGUAUCGUCGACGAAGUCCAAGAUCCAGAGAAGCAACUACUUGAUCCAGCGGUUAAGGGGACAUUAAAUGUACUCACGGCGGCGAAAGAAGCCGGCGUGAAGAGGGUUGUGGUGACGUCUUCCAUAUCGGCGAUAACCCCAAGCCCCAACUGGCCUGCUGAUAAGAUCAAGAACGAGGACUGUUGGGCUGAUGAAGACUUCUGCAAGCAAAAUGGAUUGUGGUACCCACUUUCUAAGACGCUUGCUGAGAAGGCAGCUUGGGAGUUUGCUGAGGAGAAGGGACUAGAUGUGGUUGUGGUGAAUCCAGGAACCGUCAUGGGUCCUGUCAUUCCUCCAUCCAUCAACGCUAGCAUGCUCAUGCUUCAACGCCUCCUUGAAGGGUGUACAGAGACAUACGAGAACUUCUUCAUGGGUUCGGUGCAUUUCAAGGAUGUGGCAUUAGCUCAUAUACUUGUCUACGAGAACCCAUCUGCUAAAGGAAGACACUUGUGCGUUGAGGCCAUCUCUCACUACGGUGAUUUCGUAGCCAAAGUAGCUGAACUCUAUCCCAAUUACAGUGUCCCCAAGUUACCGAGAGAGACUCAACCGGGUUUACUCCGAGCCAAGAACGCAGCAAAGAAGCUGAUGGAAUUGGGGUUAGAGUUCAGUUCCAUGGAGGAUAUCAUCAAGGAUGGUGUGGAGAGUCUUAAAAGCAAAGGAUAUAUAUCUUAAACUCAUUUGCUUGAUCUAGCAGUGAACAAAUUAUGGUGGCAGCAGAAUCAUGUCAUGUUAUAUAAGACUUUGUAAUUUGAAUAAGCUGCACAUUGUUGUAUGUAAUAUACAAGAUCCAACUAUUAUUUAUUCCCUGUGAA